AUGAUCGAAUGCUUCCCGAACAUUCGUCGCUUAACAUUAAGAUUUCCUUGCAAUAAUCAUUUUUGGACAAUCAUUCCGACAUUGGAUCAUUUGACAUCAUUGAAUGUAAUUGAAACUCGAAAAAAUAGUAGAUCAGAAUUUCUACUGGAAGAUUUACUUAAUCGAGCACCUCGCCUAGAUUUUCUGAGCGUUGAUGCGAUAUUAUUUUUAUCAUUGGUACAAUUGAAUAUCAGCUAUACAUCACUUCGUCGACUUCAAUUGAAACAUUAUCGUGCUAGAAUGAAUCGCUACAUGAACGCUACACAAUGUUCUAUAUUGGCUGAUUCAUUAUUCGGACAUCAAUGUGAAGUUCUUGAAAUUCGUGUUGAAAAUCGAACAAUUAUCCUUGAUCUUGUCCAUAAGAUGCACAAUCUUCGAGCAUUGAAUUGUGAAUGUCAAGACGAUAAUUGGAGCAAUAAUUCAUUAUUAUGUUCAAAAGAUGAACUUGUAGAAUGGUUGCGAAAUUCUUUGCCAAAAACAUAUUUAGUUAACCGACAUCAAUCUCAUCUCGUACGACUAUGGAUUAAUAGGUGA